AUGUCCCUCGGAGGGACCACAGGCGACAACACGCGCCUGCUUCGGAAGGCUCCAGAGGAGGAGGAGGAGGAGGAGGAGGAGGAGGAGGAGGAGGAGGAGGAGGAGGAGGAGGAGGAGGAGGAGGAGGAGGAGGAGGAGGCGAUGCAGGCGGAGGGCGUGCGGGAGGUGGCCGUGGCAACUGGCCUGGAGGUGCUGUACCAGGAGACCCCCAACUACCGCGGAGCGGCGGCCGAGGCUGACCGCAUGAUCGAGCCAAUGGAGACGGCUAGGCAUGCCUGGCGAGUGCCAGACCUGGGCUUAGAGCCUGUUGCUAGUGCUGCAGAGGAGGCGGUUACUGAGGGGGAAAUCGUCGACCAUUCGGAAGACAACAGCGGAGGAGAAGCAGCAGCAUGUGCGCCCGCGGCGCGAAUGUGGCGGUGGGUGUGGUCGCGGCGCGACGUGCUGCUGAUGAGCACGGCGUUCCUUUUCUUCUUCGUGGCGUUCAACGCGCUGCAGAACGUCGCGACGAGCAUCCACGGCGCGAGCAACAUCGGCGCGCUCUCCAUGGGCGUGCUUUACGCCGUCAUUGUCGUCACCGCGCCGCUCGCGCCCUUCCCCAUCCGCUUCUGGCGAGCGCGCGCCGCGAUUCUCGUGGCGCAGACGGGGUUCUGGGCUUUUAUCGGUUCCAACGCGUUUACUAUAGAUGCUGACUUCACACGCUAUGUGGUGCAGCCACUGCUGGGAGCGCAGUGGAUGGGCGGAGCCAUGAUGGUCUUUGGAGUCGCCAUUGCCGUUUGUUGUUUCAUCGCAGUUCGCUUCGCCAAGGGGCUCUCAUCGAUUCGCCUCAUGCUGCUGCUGGGUGCUGCCUCGCAGACAGCCGUUCUCAUCCUCACAUGGCUCUUUCAGGACAGAGCCAUGUCCAAGCCAGCAGCAUUCGCGCUGGUGUUCAGCUGUGCACUGCUGUGGGGAAUCGGCGCCACCGCGUUUCAGUCCCAAAUCACUGCGCUCCUGCCGUUGGUCUUCCCAUCCGACGUGGACGCAGCAUACGCGCAUUGGAUCUCGUGGAGCAGUGCGGCCUGCUCCGCCUACUUCCUCGCCAGCCCAUACAUCGCCACGCCCAUCAAAAACUCCCUCCUCCUCGUCGUUUGA